AUGACCAUCAAAGCUUCCUUAGACCCACAAAACGUUGUUCUCUCUUCUUGGUCCCCUAAUGCAACCAACCCAUGUAAUGACUCUUUCGAAGGCAUUGCUUGCAAUGAGCUUGGCCAAGUGGUCAACAUUUCUCUGCAAGGUAAAGGUCUCGCCGGAACAAUACCGCCGGAGAUUGGUCAGCUCAAGAGCUUGUCCGGGUUGUACUUGCAUUUCAAUGAGCUACAUGGGGUUGUACCUAAGGAAAUAGCCAACUUGAGUGAGCUCUCUGAUUUGUACCUCAAUGUGAACAAUCUAUCUGGAGAGAUACCACCUGAGAUUGGGAGUAUGUCUAACCUUCAAGUUUUGCAACUCUGCUAUAACAAAUUGUCUGGAAGUAUACCUACUCAGAUUGGGUCUCUGAAAAAGCUUAGCGUUCUUGCUCUGCAAUACAAUCAAAUUAGUGGUGCAAUUCCUGCAAGUUUGGGGGAGUUGGCAUUGUUAACAAGGUUAGAUGUGAGCUUUAAUCACCUUUUUGGCUCGAUCCCUGUAAAAUUGGCCAACCCACCGCUGCUAGAAGUUUUAGAUGUCCAAAAUAAUACUCUCUCUGGCAAUGUUCCUCCAGCCUUUAAGAGAUUGAAUGAAGGAUUCCAGUAUGAAAACAACCCAGGUUUAUGUGGAGUUGGUUUUUCCUCUUUGAAAAUUUGUACUGCUUCUGAUUCAGCAAACCCAAACAAGCCAGAGCCAUUUGGGCCAGGCUCGAAUGGUCUUGCUUCAAGAGAUAUCCCCGAGUCUGCAAAUUUCAAACCAAAUUGCACCCGAGCCCAUUGUUCAAGUCAUUCAAAGAACUCACAAAUCGCUGUUAUAUUUGGAGUCAUAGUAAUUGUUUCAUUAGUAGUUUCUGGGCUAUUUGCAUUCUCAUGGUACCGCCGACGAAAACAGAAAAUUGGAAGUGCAUUUGAUUCCUCCGAUAGUCGACUUAGUACUGAUCAGGUCAAGGAAGUUAAUAGAAAGAGUGCCUCUCCACUCAUCAGUCUGGAGUAUUCCAAUGGUUGGGACCCUUUGGGCAAAAGUCAAAGUGGAAGUAGUUUCUCUCAGGAAGUUUUCGAGACCUUUGUGUUUAAUCUGGAUGAUGUGGAGUCUGCAACUCAGCACUUCUCAGAUGUCAAUUUGUUGAGCAAGAGUAGUUUUUCGUCUAUCUAUAGGGGAAUUUUGAGGGAUGGGUCAAGUGCUGCUAUUAAGUGCAUUUCCCAGACUAGCUGUAAAUCUGAUGAAGUUGAGUUCCUGAAGGGAUUAAAAUUAUUGACCUCGUUAAAACACGAAAAUCUUCUUAGGUUCAGAGGCUUUUGCUGUUCAAAAGGCAGAGGAGAGUGCUUCCUAAUCUAUGAAUUUGUCCCGAAUGGAAGCUUGUUGCAGUAUCUUGAUGUGAAGGAUAAAGGAAAGGCUCUUGAUUGGCCUAUUAGAAUUUCUAUCAUCAAAGGCAUUGCCACAGGUAUUGGAUAUUUGCAUGUAAGCAAGGGAAACAAACCAGCUCUAGUUCACCAAAACAUAUCAGCUGAGAAAGUGCUCAUUGAUCAAUGGUACAACCCAUUGCUCUCAGAUUCCGGCCUGCACAAUCUCCUCGCGGAUGACAUCGUCUUCUCAACACUGAAGUCCAGUGCUGCAAUGGGAUACCUUGCUCCCGAGUACACUACCACGGGCCGGUUCACUGAUAAGAGUGAUGUAUAUGCAUUCGGCGUGAUUAUACUUCAGUUGCUCUCUGGGAAAUGUAGAAUCACCCAGUUGACUCGUCAAGGGGCCGAGUCUUGCAGAUUUGAAGACUUCAUAGAUGCUAGUCUUGAGGGGAACUUCUCUGAAUCUGAAGCAGCUAAACUGGGGAAAAUUGCUCUGCUCUGCACCCAUGAAUAUCCUAACCACAGGCCAUCCAUUGAAACUGUGAUUCAACAACUGAACGACACCAUUUAUCGUUCUUGAUCUCUAUAGACGGUUCUUGCCCCAUUUUUCAAAUGACACGCUAGGUAAGUUUGGAUCUGCUACUAACUUAGGACUAAUUCUGAAGCUUUAGGUGGCCAAUUUUCUCAUGCUAUGUCAUCUUGGAGAUAGCAUUUGUGAACAUAAGCUUGGCUUGUUUUGUUGUAGUUUGUAGGAAGACGACUCAAAUUAAAUACCUUGGGAGAUGAUUGUGCAUUAUUGCUGUAUUAAUCGAAAUUGUAGCCAUGUGCCUCACGGGGUUUUUUUUUUGUUGGUUUAAUGGUCAAAGGUGUUCGG